AUGGCAGGUGAACAACCAGUAAGUACGAAACCCUCAAGUCAAGUGAGUGUAAAUGAUAAUAAUGCUACAGUUCCGGAUGCAAAGGAAAUAGUAACUACUGCUGUAUUUGCAGUAGAUGGUAUAGUGGAAUUCGUUCAAAGAGAAAUACUCUGUGCUCAUAUAAAGGAUGAAAAUCAUGUUAUUUGCGAAAAUAAAGAAAUAGCCAUUUCAGUUGUAGUCUUUUUUGUUUCGACCGUGCUCAGUAUCAUAUAUGCCAUUAUUUCCAAAAGUAUUAAAUAUGCAAAAAAGCUACGUAGACGUAGAAAACACUUAAGAAAAAAAAGAAAAAAAAGAGCAAUAGAAGAUGACGAUGAUGAUGAUGAGUAUGACGAUGACGACGAGGAUUACGAUGAUGACGAUGAUGAGUAUGACGACGAGGAUUACGAUGAUGAUGGUUAUGACGAGGAGAACUAUUUAUAUGAAGCAAACACUUUACAACACCAAAUGCAAGGGUGGCUAGGACAUAAUGACCAGGGGCAUGAGCAUCAAAUUUAUCAGCAGUUCAUGAAUCAAGGAACAAUGUUACAACCACAAGUGUUACAACCACAAAUAGUACUUCCCCAAAUGCCCCAACAAGAACAAGUGCUACAAGCACAAAUAGUACAACCACAAAUGUUACAACAACAAACAAUAUAUCCCCAAAUCCAACAAGAACAAAUCUUCCAACCGCAAACAUUAUAUGCUCAAAUGCCCCAACAAGAACAAAUAUUACAACCACAAACAGUAUAUGCUCAAAUGCCCCAACAAGGACAAAUUCAACAACCACAAACAGUACAUCAGCAAAUACAUGGAAACGAAUUAGAUAAAAAAGAAAAAAAAGGAAAAUCUGAAUUUUCCUCAAAAAAUGAACGAACUUAUUCGAAUGGUAAUAUACUUAAUUUAGGCUAUCAUUCAAUGGCAUAA